CAUAUGCUCUUCAAGUUUGGGUUAUGGAAGCCAUUCCUCUCAUUGGACAACUUAUGGGAGAGAAGAUUGACACAGAGAUUACAGUUAGCCGAAUCUCUAAUUGGAAAGGUGCUGCUAAAGUAUCAUAUGAUGAGCUCCUCCUUGUAGAGAAAUCAAUUGGAAACAAGGAUGUUGUUUAUCCAUGCAUUUCCUCCACUGGAAACUUUGAUGUAUUGGAGUCCAUUGAAUAUUUGAGGGGUGAUGAAAUUAAAGAUUGUGAAGUGGACAACUUGGAAGCUUUGAUCAGAUCUGGCUAUGAUUUUGGAGAUCAUAUUUGGGAGAGUGGCGAAGGAUAUGGUGUGGAAGAUGAUAACAUUAAGGAUGUUGGUGUGGAACAAUCUCAGACUGUUGGAGGGGACAAUGAAGUUUCGGUUGGAGAGGAGAGUGGUGAGAAGCAAGCUAAUAUCCCAGAAGUGUCUAGCUUGAAGAAGAGGAAGAAGAAGCAAGUUGACCAUGGAGCAGAGACACGGAAAAGAAUGGUGCUAUCUCAGAGAGCAUCAACUUCACAUUGUUCAUGUGGAGAUGAUAUGAAGCGGUUCUUUAAGGAGUUGAUUGACUCUUCUUUCAAGAGCUUCACAGAGACCUUUGGGGAACGAUUGCUAACAAUGGAGAAAGAUGUAUCAGAUAUCAAGGCCUUGAUAUCCAGACCAGCAGAAGUGGAUCCUAAGCCAGCAGAAGUGGAUCCUAAGCCAGCAGUAGUGGAUCCUAGUCCAUCACGAGUGAAGCCCAAAACUUCGGUACGUAAGAAGUAGCUCAAUGCCUUGUUCGAUUGUAAUAUGUUGUGUGGUCUUUCCUUUUUG